UCUGAUAGAGGACCUCAAGCAUAGCGAGUUCUUUUUGUUGCUUUCCUCCUUUCUGUUACUGGAAAUACAUGCCACAGGAAGCAAGCAGCCAUCACUGAGUGUGCUCUAACUCCUGUUUUACAAAGGGAGAAGAUGGAGUUAAUCAGUAUGUUACUUUUCUUGCUACAAGUUUCAAGUGCAGCAAGACGACGCAUUCAAGUGACUGGUGAGGCUGGAGGAUCCAUCACCAUAAAGUGUCCUGUGAAGGGCAUUUCCAGUCGAAAAUUCUGGUGCAGGGAGCUCGAGACAGGGAUCUGUAGCACCAUCAUCUCCACCUCGCCAUACAUCAGUGAGAAUUACAGGAAUAGAAUCUCCAUCACUGAGGAGCCUCAGGAAGGAAUAUUUCAAAUUACAAUCACAAGACUGGAAGAGGAUGACACUGGGCUGUACACAUGUGGGACAGGAUAUCUAAAUGACAGAGGCAGUGGAAGGACCCUCCAAGUGGAGCUGAAUGUUUCUAACGGGAAUGUUCCACCCAGAACGGGCAUGUUGUCUGCUGAACCUCUGAGACGUGACAGACCUAUUGUGGUACCAGCAGAGUCUGGCAACAAAGGUGCUGACACUCAAGGAGUCACACAACCACAGAUGAUUAAUGGAGCAUGGGAAAAAUAUACUGUGCCUGGCAUCAAAUUCCCCCAAAGUAUGAUAAUCACACCUGCAGACAUAAUUGGCAGCACUGUUACCAAUGCAGUGUCUGGAAGUACAAUAAAGGGGAUUCCCAAGAAUUCCAGGACAAUCAGCUAUGCACAUCCCAGGCAUACAAAGCGACUCUUGAGAAGCAAUUAUGGGAAUGAUGUCUUUCAAAUCCUGAUACCAGUUCUCCUGAUAAUGCUGCUGCUUGUGCCGUCUAUGAUAAUUAUUAGAAAACAGCUACGAGGGAAGAAAGCUUCCAGUGAAACCUAUGGAAUAAAUCUGAGGUUGAGUGCACUCGAACAUGGCCACGGGCACGUUCCAAUGGAAAAUAUCUACAGCGUGUUACCCCACAGGCUCCAGGGAGCUGACCGGCACAGCUUGGCUAUUCAGAGGAUAUUUCCAAGUUUCCAAAACCCUGUAAUAGUUACAUCAUCUUGGCAGGGAGGCAACGUGCCUGUGGGUUAGAGCACUGGAUUGGGAUGCAGGAUACUUUUGUUCUAUUCCCAGCUCUGUCACUGGUCUACUGGGUGACCUUGGGCAAGUCACCUCCUCUAUCAGUACCUCAGUUGCCCCAGCUGUAAAAUAGGGCUGAGUGACCUCGUUUGUAAAGUGCUUUGAGCUCUACUGUAUAAACGUUAUGAUGCUCCUGCUGCUGCUGAUUAUGUGUUUCCAACCACCAAGGCACACUACUGCCAGGAAUCUUUACUGAGAGCCAAGAGUUGCUUCAGAUGAACUCAUUAGACUGUGUUCCCGCUACAAUACAAAGUUGUUCUGGCUCUCUUAGACCACUUUAAAAAACAACAACUAGAGAAUAAGCUCAGGCUCCAUCAACCCUAAAGGUAGGAUUUUCAGAAGCACCUAGGUCACUUAGGUACACCGGUUCCGCUGGAUGUCAGUGGGAUUGUGUGAGGAAGAUUUUUCAAAGCCACACACGGCAGUAAGAUGUUGUGCUCCCUAGUAAUGCCUUUUAAAAUAGUGUCAGUGGCCAUCUCUGCCUGUGGUACUAAGGCCUGUGCUACAUUUAUACUUUUUAUGACAUAACUACAUUGACCAGAGGUGUGAUUUUUUUUUUUGCCAAAAUAGUUUUAUCUCAUAACCCUGCUCAGGGGCAGCGGAAACUGGCAGAGAUCCAUUCCUGUGUAAACUCACACUCAGAGUGGGGCACAGAGAUCAGAGCAGGACCCAGAGGGGCUGGAGCAGCUGCUUUGGGGCCCGGGAAGAAGCUGUGGAGCAGAGAGUAGGAUUUGGAGGGGGCUGGAGCAGCUGUCGUGGGGACUGGGACUGGGACUGGGCUGGGACGAAGGGCAUGGGAUCCAAAGGAGCUGGAGCAGGUACCUUGGCACUUGGGAUCAGUCCAGGGAGGAACCCCCAGGAUUCUCCUGCCCAUCCUGGAUCAUCUCCUCCCCUGCCCUGCUGAAUCUCACUACCUCUCCUCACUCUCCCUUCUGUCCAUGCAACCCCUUUUGUGGGCAGUUAUUUCAGUAUAAGGUAACUUUACCAGUAUAACCCUUUCCUGUUUAUAGGACUCUGCAGUGCAAAAGGCUGAGAAUCUAUUCCACUCCAUCUAGUCAUAACGGAGCUGUGUAGGUAGUCACAGUAUUUCUCCCUGCCUCAUAUCACUGCAUUACCCUAGACCCAUUGCUAGAUUUAAUGUUUUAUAAGAAGACACUUGUCUCAUUACCACCUACUGUCUAUGAUUUUUUCCUAGGUUCUCAUGUACCUUGUGAUGCAUAUCACUGCAGAGUUGACUUAUAAGAGCUGCUGUGACUGCACAUUGGUCACCAGUCACAGUUGAGGAAGGACUUGAGGCACACGCAAAACCGUAACCAAUCAGCACCUGAACCCUACAUAUCAAAGCAUUACUUUGAUGCUGAGACCACACUGCUCUGCAGAAGCUGGUCUACAUGCUUUCUCUGCACAAAGGUCUAAUGCUGAGUUUACAAAGGUACAGUGGAUUUGCUGUGGUUGUUUAAAGGUGAUUUUUUUCUAGUUUGCUCUGCAGUUCUUGGGCUUGUUCUGCAGAGCUUGGUCUGUACAGAUGGUUGCCAAAACACACAGGUUCAGGUAAACGAUUAUAAGCAGAGGUAAACUUUUCCCCUCAAUAUUUAUUGACUAUGGAUAAUGAUUUCUGUUAUGCAGAGGGCCAGUGCAGGACCUACACACCACUUAAAUCCUCAAAUUAGGUUAAGAGACUGGAGUGUUGUCCUGGUUUUGUGCUUUUUGCACACAAAUGGAUUUCUCCCUAUGAGCUCAUUGGCAUUUUGAUAUAGCGUUAAAGCUCAUCUUCAUUGUCAGCUUGAACUAGGUGAAUAUAGUUGGCAAUCCAGUGCCCAGAAAAAGAAGGAGAAUUGUUUUGCAAAAAUUUCUCAUAUUUCAUCAAAUGCAUUUUUUGUGCUAAAUUUCUGAUCAGCUGUGAAACUGGCUGGAAAACAGAGGGUUUGUUUUUUUUUCCCUUUCCAAAUACUUUAUACACGUUUUUCAUUCAAAUAAAUAAAAAUGUUUUGGAGAAAUU